UCUUCACUGACCACAUCCUGCCGUUCCUAAUCAAAUACCAUGGAACCGUUACAGUUAAGAAAGUGCCAAAUCAAAGCAAACAUCAUAAACACUGCGUUCAAAACGUUCUACGUGAAAAUUUAGUAAAAAUGGAUGUUCUGGAUGAAGGUCUUUCUAACAUAAUAAGUGACAUAAUGGACGGAGAUACGGUGUUAGUGAUGAACAGUCUUGCUACGAAGUUUGAUAAGAGGUUGCUGCAGCCUAUCGGGCGGAUACGCGUUUACAUGGUCCAUCUGGCUGCUUUCCGAGGUAAAAUGGAAUUGCUGAAACUAUUUCACAGAAAUGGUGCCGACAUAAACGCGACAGAUGCAAUCGGAAGGUGCGCGUUGUUCUACGCUGCCAAUCGCGGAGAUAAUGAAAUGGUCAAUUGGUUGUUGCAACAAGGAGCAUACACGGAGAACAAAGUCUCCAUCGACACGUGCUUCAAGAAUAACAAUCGUUUAGUCCUGGGUCAAUGUCCUAUAGGAAAUAACUUACCGUCCCCGGAGUGUAUGGAAAGAACGCCAUUGCAUCAAGCGGUGGCGAACAACCACUCCGAGGUGGUCAAAUUACUGGUGAACGCUGGCGCCAACGUACACGCCGAAGACGAACGUAGACACACUCCGCUGCUCUUGGCGGGAUCCGUUAAGGAGAUUCGAACGGAUCCUAAUGAGAUGGGCAAAUUCUUCGAAAUUGUUAAGACUCUCGUAUCAGCGGAAGCUUCGACAACUGUCUUUCGUCCGGUUACAGGUACCACACCGUUGCAUACUGCUGCAGAAUUAGGAAAUGCUGCGGCAGCGAAAGUAUUGUUGGACGCCGGUGCAUCUCCUCUUCAACCAUGCUACAACUUUGGCAACACUCCUCUUCACGUAGCUGCCUCUAUUGGUAGCUACGACACGGUUUUAGUUCUUUUAGAGAAGACACCUUGUUUCGGCGUAGAUAUUACUAAUAAUAUGAAACAGACACCUCUUUACUUAACUGCUUGCGGAGGAUACUGCAAGUGUGCCAAAGUUUUAAUAAAUCGCGGUGGUAAUUUGGCCGCGCAAACGGACUACGGUGAAACUGUCAUGGAUGUCAUAUUUACUCACAUUCUAAGACCGCAAAUAUUUUUGAACGACGUAUUCGACUCGGGAGUGCAAAUACUAAACAAAUCGAAGGGCGAAAAUUUACAGAUCAUCGUCAAUUUCAAUGUGCUGACGCCGGAAGUCGAGAAACAAAUGGCAGUUGUUAUGUCCCUCAUCGCGGCGGCUCCAAGCGUGGAACAAUUGUCGAUACUGCAACACCCAUUGCUGGAAACGUUCCUCUACUUAAAGUGGUCGAAGCUCCGAGUAUUCUUCUUUACCCUCAUCUUCGUGCACAUCAUGCUCGUUUUCUCCCUUUCCGGUUACACUAUAAUGUUGGUGCAAUACGAGAUGGAUUAUGCACCAUUAAAAAUAGUCUUAACAUUCUUCUCGCUGGUACUUCUAAUUCACAACAUGGCGCAGAUGUUGAUGGCACCUAGAUAUUAUUUGAGACAGUUCGAGAUGUGGAUGUCGUAUGCGUGCGCGACAAUAUCGCUGGUGAUUUCGCUGGGUAGCGGUUACAGAGAAGAGAUUCAACCAAGGGGAGAAGUAUUAAACGCCCCUCAGCAUCUACCGCACUCGAAAUGGAUGCCGAGUUCCAUCAGCGUGGCAAUCUUACUUGGCUGGAUACAAAUGAUGCUGAUAAUCGGCCGUCUACCGGCAUGUGGAUAUUACGCACUCAUGUUCUCCACGGUGCUCAGGAAUAUUCUGAAGGUUCUCGCGGUGUUCAUCUUCCUGAUUGUCGGAUUUGCGUUGAGCUUCACCGUUAUGUUCCACGAGAACGACCAGUUUCGCAAUUUCUGGACCGCCUUCGUCAAGACCAUGGUAAUGAUGACGGGCGAGUACGAAUACGCGGAUCUGUUCGAGAAGAAGAAAGAGGAGAAUUCCUCGCUACUAUUCACCAGCGAGGUCUUGUUCCUUGCUUUCAUCAUGCUUGUUGGUAUCAGCCUGAUGAACCUGAUGAUCGGCCUCGCGGUCAAUGAUAUCCAAGAACUAGAGAAACAGGGCCGCAUUGCUCAAUUGCUGAAGCAAGCUGAGUUCGUGAGUCACUUGGAAGGUUUAAUAUCACAUCAAAUCUUUCGUAGCAGUUGGCUACAUCCACGGAUAAAAUAUUGGCUUAAUUCAAGACGCAACAUUCCUAAUACGUUCCAUUUCUAUUAUCAUAAACGUAAUUCAGGCGAUUUGUCGGCUAACAUAUCGGCUCCCAAAACAGAGGCAUUGAGCUUGUUGGCUUUCAGAAACUUGUGCGCUGAUAAAAACUUGAUAAUGAGCGGGGAGUACAAGAGUAAUGACAGCGAUGCAGAACUGACGACGUUCCUCAAAGAAUUGUCGCAACAGUUAACAACAUUUUAUGAUCCUAACACAAUGGGACAAAGGUUUUUAAAACCAAGCGACAGAAAAAAUCAAUUUUAUCGGAGAAAGACUAUGAAUGUUUAAAUUAUUAACAAGAC